AUGAAUUCAUUUAAUUAUAAAAUAACUAUGUUAUGGAUUUUAGCAUUAAUGCAGAUGGCUUAUGGAAUACCUUGUGGAUACACAUUAGAUCAAAAUAACUUACCCAUAGAAACAGAUAAGGAGCCAUGGAUUAAUGAAAAUAUGAGUGCAUGUCAAUUCUAUGAUAAAUCUCCUGUUUGUUGCACUCAAUCAUAAGAUGAAGGAAUUGGAAACGAUUUUGUCUCUUUGGAUGCCACUUUCGGAAGUGAUGGCGAUGGGUGUGAUAUAUGUGCAGCCAACAUGAAAAGAUUUUGGUGUGCAUAUUCAUGUGAUCCAAGAUAGGGGGAAUUUCUUAAAAUUACUGGAAGAGCUAAUGUCACUGACCCAAGGAAUCCCAAUCGAACCAUUGAUGUACAGACUGUAACUUUGCGUAUUCAUCCCUCAGUGGCAUGUGAUGUAUUUUCUUCUUGUCAACGCACAAACUUUGCUUCUUAGGUCAGUGCCAUGUAAACACCUGGUGGAUUCUUUACUUUCUAGGCUGAAUAAGGAGUAUCGACAUCUCUUUAAUUGAUCGCUAUUGAAUUUUCGGAAUAAGAUUCUUUGCUCAUGCCUAAUAUCGACAAUUGUAAUCAAACAUUUGAAAUCGCUGAUGAUGGUAAAUUCUAUGAUCCAUACCAAUUUGAAAUCAAAAAACCUUGUGGUUGUAAUACUUGUGAAGACUCUUGCGAUUCCCAGAAAGUUUUAUAUCAAGAACCAGGAGUCUUUUAUGGAUUUGAUUGGCAAUAUGUAUUGUUUGCUUGGGGUUGGGCAAUUUUAUUUGCGAUUGGCUUCACUCUUUAUAGAUAAUGCAAGAGAAAGAAUGCUGUUAUUUUAUAAGAGGAGGGAGACUCUAUUUAUAUUUGAUUAUAAUUCAUAUCAAUAUUUGUAAAAAAUAAU